CCUGCGCCCCCGCCUCGCCGCCCACUGCCCUGCUAGGAGCCAGAGGGGACGUGGUGAAUGCAGCGGCUUCGCGGAGCGAGAGCAGAACCUUGCGCGGGCACAGGGCCCCCAGCGCACCAUGGCCGACGCAGAUGAGGCCUUUGGCCUGGCUCACACGCCCCUCGAGCCUGACUCUAAAGAUCUACCUUGCGAUGCCAAACCCGAGGGCGCACUGGGGACCCCCAGCAAGUCCCCGUCGUCCCCGCAGGCCGCCUUCACCCAGCAGGGCAUGGAAGGAAUCAAGGUGUUUCUGCACGAGAGGGAGUUGUGGCUGAAAUUCCACGAAGUGGGUACGGAAAUGAUCAUAACCAAGGCGGGAAGGCGAAUGUUCCCCAGUUACAAAGUGAAGGUAACUGGACUCAAUCCCAAAACGAAAUACAUUCUGCUCAUGGACAUUGUCCCCGCCGACGACCACAGAUACAAGUUCGCCGAUAACAAAUGGUCUGUGACCGGCAAAGCGGAGCCCGCCAUGCCAGGCCGCCUGUACGUGCACCCAGACUCGCCGGCCACUGGGGCUCACUGGAUGCGGCAGCUCGUGUCCUUCCAGAAGCUGAAGCUCACCAACAACCACCUGGACCCCUUUGGACACAUUAUUCUAAACUCCAUGCACAAAUACCAGCCCAGAUUACACAUCGUGAAGGCGGACGAAAAUAAUGGAUUUGGCUCGAAAAACACGGCGUUCUGCACCCAUGUCUUUCCAGAGACGGCCUUUAUCGCCGUGACUUCCUACCAGAACCACAAGAUCACGCAAUUAAAGAUCGAGAACAAUCCCUUCGCCAAAGGCUUCCGGGGCAGUGAUGACAUGGAGCUGCACAGGAUGUCCCGGAUGCAAAGUAAAGAGUACCCCGUGGUUCCCCGGAGCACAGUGCGCCAGAAGGUGGCCUCCAACCACAGUCCGUUCAGCAGUGAGCCCCGGGCUCUCUCUGCCUCCUCCAACUUGGGGUCCCAGUACCAGUGUGAGAAUGGGGUCUCCGGCCCCUCGACGGACCUUCUGCCCCCACCCAACCCGUACCCCCUGGCCCAGGAGCACGGCCAGAUUUAUCACUGCACCAAGCGGAAAGAUGAAGAGUGCUCCACCACAGAGCAUCCGUAUAAGAAACCCUACAUGGAGACCUCCCCCAGCGAGGAGGACCCCUUCUACCGCCCCAGCUACCCCCAGCAGCAGGCCCUGAGCGCCUCCUACAGGACAGAAUCAGCCCAGCGGCAGGCCUGCAUGUACGCCAGCUCGGCGCCCCCCAGCGAGCCGGUGCCCAGCUUGGAGGAUAUCAGCUGCAACACGUGGCCCAGCAUGCCUUCCUACAGCAGCUGCACGGUCACCACCGUGCAGCCCAUGGACAGGUUGCCCUACCAGCACUUCUCCGCUCACUUCACCUCGGGGCCCCUGGUCCCCCGGCUGGCUGGCAUGGCCAGCCACGGCUCGGCACAGCUCGGAGAGGGAAUGUUCCAGCACCAGACCUCCGUGGCUCACCAGCCUGUGGUCAGGCAGUGUGGGCCCCAGACUGGCCUGCAGUCGCCCGGGAGUGUUCAGCCCCCUGACUUCCUCUACUCUCACGGCGUGCCUAGGACCCUGUCCCCACACCAGUACCACUCUGUGCACGGGGUUGGUAUGGUGCCAGACUGGAGUGAGAACAGCUAAGGCGGAGCCUGCAUGGCCACAGACGUUCACCAGAGAGAGAGAGAGGGAGAGAGAGAGGGAGAGAGACGGUGGCAGAGAGAACCAACCCCGCGGACCAGAGUUUUCGUUUCGCCCUGUGAUGGCCUCCUGCACUCAGCAGUUCACAGUGCCGUUGGAACCACGUGACUUCAUUGCUUUGUCUCAAAACUUCACGAAUGAGCAGAACCAGCCAAGUCCUGCCCCCCACGGCCACCACGCCCAUCAGGCAGAUCCCGGGGCCCCCAGACAACACCUUACCUGCCUUGUCAGCUAUCUUCUCCCAGCACGUGGUGGGCGUCU